CAUUUAUGAACAAACGUAAAAAUAAAAGGACCACUAUUGCAAAAUAUAAGAAAUUCCGAGUUGAAUAAAUUACAUCCGCAGUCGAGUUAGCUUUUGGUUUGAUCAAAGCCAAAGACAUAAACUGUUCCCUCCGGUUCAGACAUUUAUUGUUUCUCAAUUACCAAAAGGAUAAAGAGUAUGACUUUCUGAGAGAUUAGGCUGAUGAUGGCGCUUACUCAACUCCUUCCUUGCUCUCCACAAAAGCUCUUCUUGUUCUCCACCUUCCUUCACCCAUCAACUCCUCUGGAGUCACGCAGAUGUAGCCUAACUACUAAACCCAGUUCCAAGAAACUCCUUCCUUUGUCUUUCGACAUCUCAUGUUCAUCUCACAAGAUUGUCCGGAACCCAUCUCUAGACAAGCACGUGGUGAAGCAGAACAGAGUCCGGUUCGUGCAGAAGCUGAAAACCUUACUUCUCUCCAAACCAAAGCAUUACAUACCAAUUCAAAUCCUCUACAAAUGCAGCUCCUACCUCGGCAUCGAAAACCCACGAACAAUCCUCUCCAUGAUCCGUCGCUAUCCCACAAUCUUCCAGCUGUUCACAACACCUACGCCGCAUUUGCCUAUCAAUGCCACCAAGUCUUUAUCCACACUCUGUGUCCGUAUGACGCCAGCUGCGUCCUCCCUGGCCAUGCAAGAACUGAAUCUCAAGUCUGAGAUUGCUGAUAAACUCGCUGCUAAGCUCCAGAAGCUGCUGAUGUUGUCGUCUCACCGGAGGUUGCUUUUGUCUAAACUGGUUCACAUUGGUCCGGAUUUGGGGUUUCCUCCUAACUUCAGGUCUCGGCUUUGCAAUGAUUAUCCGGACAAGUUCAAGACUGUGGAGACAUCUUACGGAAGAGCACUUGAGCUUGUCUCGUGGGAUCAAGAGUUGGCUAACCAAAUGCCAUCAUCACCUGAAGUUGAUAGAGGUUUGAUCGUUGAUCGUCCUCCAAAGUUCAAGCGUUUGAAUCUCCGGAGAGGUUUGAACUUGAAGAGGAGACACCAAGAUUACUUGAUCAAGUUCAGAGAAUCACCUGAUGUGUGUCCUUACAAAACAUCAUCUGAAUGUCUGACGAGCGAGUCCAUUGAAGCGGAGAAGCGAGCUUGCGCGGUUGUGAGAGAAGUGUUGGGGUUAACGGUGGAGAAAAGGACUUUGAUAGACCAUUUGACACAUUUCAGACAAGAGUUUGCGUUACCAAACAAGCUAAGAGGAUUGAUAGUGAGACAUGCAGAGCUAUUCUAUGUGAGUGUUAAAGGAACGAGAGACUCUGUGUUUCUCGUCGAAGCGUACAAUGACAAUGGUGAUCUACUAGAGAAAGAUGAGUUAUCGUUGAUUAGAGAACGUUUGAUAGAUCUUGUACAAGAAGGAAAGAGGAUUAGACGUGAGCGGAGAAGGAAAGGAAGCAUGGAAGAGUAUAGGAAUGAUGAUAAAAGGGAUGAAGGCAUUGAUGAUUAUCAUAGUGAUAUUGAUGAUGAUGAAUAUGAAGAUGGGUUUGAGAACUUGUUUGAUUCUGAAGAUUCAGGUGUGGAAUAUCAUUUCGAUGAAGAAGAAGGUGAUGAAGAAGCAUGGGUUAGUAGUGGUGAAAGUGUAGAGUAUUGGAGUAGAAAGCUCUCUUCUUCUGGUAUGAGCAAUGAUGAAGUUAAGAGUGUUAUUGAAUCCUGGUGAUGUAAAACGCUAAAAGAGUAAAGUUGUAAGCAGUUACGUAAGCACAGUGUUUAUAUUCGUUAUCUUAUUCCCAUUGGCUUGAA